GCAGAGGCAGCGGCAGCGGCGGGAGGAGCUUGCGGGAAAUGGAUGAAAAGAGGCUUUUGGAUCCAGGGUUGAAGGCUCUAAAUGGAUUAUGGGAUUGUCCUCUGAAGAGCCAGCAGGUGAAAUGCCUGAGUGACUGAAGAAAAUGGGUGCUAAUGCAUCUAACUAUCCCCAUUCGUGUUCCCCAAGGGUAGGGGGAAAUUCACAGGCCCAACAAACAUUUAUAGGAACAUCAUCCUAUUCUCAUCAAGGCUAUGGAUGUGAAUCAAAAUUAUAUAGUCUUGAUCAUGGCCAUGAGAAGCCACAAGACAAGAAAAAGAAAACCUCUGGCCUUGCCACCCUCAAGAAGAAAUUUAUUAAACGUCGGAAAUCCAGCCGCUCUGCUGACCAUGCUAAGCAGAUGCGAGAACUCCUCUCGGGGUGGGAUGUGAGAGAUGUCAAUGCAUUAGUAGAGGAAUAUGAGGGAACAUCAGCCUUAAAGGAACUUUCUCUGCAAGCCAGCUUGGCCCGGCCAGAAGCUCGAACACUGCAAAAAGAUAUGGCUGAUCUUUAUGAGUACAAGUAUUGUACGGAUGUAGACUUAAUAUUUCAAGAAACUUGUUUUCCUGUGCACCGGGCCAUUUUAGCAGCAAGGUGUCCAUUUUUUAAGACCCUGCUUUCUUCCUCCCCAGAGUAUGGAGCAGAGAUAAUAAUGGACAUCAAUACAGCAGGUAUAGAUAUGCCCAUGUUCUCUGCCUUGUUACACUAUCUUUACACAGGAGAAUUUGGAGUGGAGGACUCAAGAUUUCAGAAUGUUGAUAUACUAGUGCAGCUCACUGAAGAAUUUGGAACACCGAAUUCCCUUGAUGUAGAUAUGCGUGGACUGUUUGAUUAUAUGUGUUAUUAUGAUGUUGUCCUCAGUUUUUCAUCAGACUCUGAACUAGUUGAAGCUUUUGUUGGAAAUCAGAACUGUUUAGAUGAAGAACUUAGAGCUCACAAGGCUGUUAUUUCAGCAAGGUCCCCAUUUUUUCGAAAUUUAUUGCAAAGAAGGAUACGGACUGGUGAAGAAAUUACAGACCGAACGUUGCGGACUCCCACUAGAAUUAUACUAGAUGAGUCCAUCAUACCAAAAAAAUAUGCUAAAGUUAUUUUAAACUGUAUGUAUACUGAUGUAGUCGACCUCUCAGUUUUGCACUGUAGCCCUUCUGUGGGGAGUCUGAGUGAAGUUCAGGCUCUGGUAGCAGGAAAGCCAAGUUUGACUAGGGCUGAAGAAGCAAUGGAGCUUUAUCACAUAGCACUGUUCUUGGAAUUUAACAUGCUUGCACAAGGCUGUGAGGAUAUUAUUGCUGAAAGCAUCUCAUUGGAUACUUUAAUUGCUAUCCUCAAGUGGAGUUCUCAUCCGUAUGGAUCUAAGUGGGUGCACAGACAAGCUUUACAUUUCCUCUGUGAGGAAUUUACUCAAGUCAUGACUUCGGAUGUUUUUUAUGAACUCAGCAAAGACCACCUGCUUACUGCUAUCCAAUCUGACUACUUGCAGGCAAGUGAACAAGAUAUCCUUAAAUAUCUUAUUAAAUGGGGUGAGCAUCAGUUAAUGAAAAGAAUAGCAGACAGAGAACCAAACUUAAUAAGUGGUACUGCUCAUAGUGUGAACAAAAGAGGUGUGAAAAGGAGAGACCUGGAUAUCGAGGAACUUAGAGAGAUACUCUCUUCUCUCUUACCCUUUGUUCGAAUUGAACACAUUUUACCUAUGAACAGUGAAAUCCUGAGUGAUGCAAUGAAAAGAAGCUUGAUUAGUACUCCUCCUUCAGAUAUGCUGCCUACAGCCGAAGGUGGAAAGUCAAAUGCAUGGUUACGUCAAAAAAAUGCUGGAAUAUAUGUUCGACCCAGACUGUUUUCUCCUUAUGUCGAUGAAGCAAAGUCAGUGCUAGAUGAAAUGAUGGUGGAACAAACAGAUCUUGUUCGAUUACGGAUGGUUAGAAUGUCCAAUGUUCCUGACACACUUUAUAUGGUAAACAAUGCAGUUCCACAGUGUUGUCAUAUGAUCAGUCACCAGCAAAUAAGCAGUAACCAAUCUAGUCCUCCUUCAGUUGUAGCCAAUGAAAUUCCAGUUCCUCGUCUCCUUGUCAUGAAAGAGAUGGUCAAACGUCUGCAGGAGCUACGUCACACUGAACAAGUUCAGAGAGCUUAUGCUCUAAAUUGUGGAGAAGGUGCUACUGUCAGUUAUGAAAUUCAGAUUAGAGUAUUGCGAGAAUUUGGUCUUGCAGAUGCUGCUGCAGAGCUCCUGCAGAAUCCUCACAAGUUCUUUCCUGAUGAACGUUUUGGGGAUGAAAGUCCACUCUUGACUAUGAAACAGUCUGGGCGAUGUCGAGUUAACAGUACUCCCACUGCAGAAACCAUGUUUACAGAUCUAGACACAUUUGUGGCCUUCCAUCCACCCUUGCCUCCUCCACCACCUCCCUACCAUCCUCCAGCUACUCCACUUCACAGCCAAUUUAAAGUUGGCUGGAAACAAAGAGCUCCCAGUCAACACCCUUCACGUUCAUUUUCUUACCCUUGCAACCAUUCACUGUUUCAUACGAGAACAGCUCCCAAAGCUGUCCCUCCUCCAGUCUAUUUACCUGGUAUCAAAGCAGAACCACCUGAUUGCACUAACACUACAGGAUCAGGGAGGCAAGCAAUUGCUGCAGCUCCAACAGUGAUGACAGCUGAGAAACAAGUGUGUACUCAGCCUAUGCUGAAUGAACUGAUGCCUGAUAUUGCCAUGGGCGUGUCAACAAUAUCACUCAAGGACAGGAGGCUACCUGAACUUGCUGUUGACACAGAAUUAAGCCAACCAGUUUCCGAGGUAGGACCAGGACCUCCCCAACACAUAUCAUGUAUCCAGCAGAGGCACAUGAACACUUCUCGAAAGAAACACACAUUAGAGCAAAAAACGGAUGUUAGAGAAAAUCAGCAAGAAUACCCAGAUUUCUAUGAUUUCUCAAAUGCUGCUUGCAGACCUUCUACUCCAGCUCCUACCAGACAUUCCCCUUCACCUCCACAAGGUGUAUAUUUUGGUCCAGAUUUAUAUAGCCACAAUAAGGCAUCACCAAGUGGCUUAAAAUCAGCAUACCUACCUAACCAGAUCUCCCCUAAAAAGCAAGAAGAAACUAGGAGAGAAUAUGUGCUUUCUCCAGAUGGCCAUCAACAGAGGCAAAAGAAUGAGCCAGUACACCUUGAUGUUGUAGAACAACCACCCCAACGGUUGGAUUUGGCGUUAGCUGUCCAGGAAAAUGCUAGUAAUGGUCCAACUCAUGUCAGGGGACGAACAAAAAUGGAAGCUGAUUUGACUUAUGGUCUUACUUCUAAUAGAACUUCACUCUCUGCAUGUAGCUCUGAAACUCCAGAAGAGAGGUCCAGGAGGAGACUGGCAGACAGUGAGUCCUUGGAACACGGAGCCCAGAGAAAUACAGAGUUGGAAAGUGAAGAUUCAGUAAGCAGAGGAAGGAGGUCUCCAAGCAAACCAGACUUUUUGUACAAAAAGUCUGCCCUCUGA